AUGACAAAUACAAGUGUAACAAUUGAUGAUACCAUAGAAUUUAUACGUAUCUAUAUUAUUUGUCGUUGGCUUUAUUUAAUUGUUUUCGGUAUUGGUAUGAUUGGAAGUAUAUUUAAUUUAAUAGUUUUCUGUCGAAAAAAAUUUCGUUCGAAUUCAUGUUCAAUUUAUUUGAUAGCUUAUUCAAUAAAUAAUUUUAUGAAUCUUACUGUUGGCCUAUUUAUAUGGUCAUUAACUCUUGGUUUUAAUCUAGAUUUAGAGUAUAAAAUAGUGAUUUAUUGUAAAAUUCGUCGAUAUUUUACACAUGUUAAUUAUCUUCUAUCAUCCUGUUUAUUAACUAUGGCAUCAAUUAAUCGUUAUGCACGUGUUCGUCAAGCACAAUUAACAGAAAAUCGUCAUCGUUAUAUAGCUUUAUGUAAACGUCGAACGACAUAUAUUAUUGUUAUUCUGACGAUUACUUUUUGUUUACUUGUUAAUAUACAUAUUCCAAUAUUUUUUGAAAUUUCUGAGAAUGACUGUUAUGCUCGAAUGGGUGUUUACAGAAUUUUAUUUGAUGUUUACUUUCUUGUUUUCUAUGCUUUAUGUCCUCCGUUAUUAAUGGUCAUUUUUAAUAUAGCAACUGUUAGACAUAUAAGAUGUAUUAAAAAACUAAUUAAUCCAACCGUAUCUCGUCGUGAAUAUAAUUUUAUUGUUCUUGUUCUUGCACAUAGUUUUUCAAAUGUAAUUUUCACUAUACCAUAUACAGUUAAUAAGUUUAUUUAUUAUACAUUUGACAAUACAAAACUAUCAGAAAAAGAUAAACUUGUUAAUGCUGUAACACUUUUAAUUGCAUUUAUGAAUCCUGGAUUUUCAUUUUAUUUAUAUACAUUAACAACAAAAUCUUUUCGAGAUGAAUUUAUUCGAGCUUGUAAAGAAUUUUUCCUUAGAAAAAAUUCUUAUUCACUUCAAUACAAAAUAAAUGAUAUCAAAAGACAACAAAAUAAUGCAAUAGGUUCACGUGUUUCUAUACCAAUAAUAUUAUCAGAGAAAUAUUGA